CGAGAAACGAGCACAGGGCAGAAAAAAUUAAGCUGAUUUCCCACCUUUUUUCCUCCUCCUCUUCAGUCAGGUUCUCUCCAAGCGAAGCACCAAAACCAUACACAACAACUACAACUGCGCAAAAGGAAGCUUACAAGAUGACUGCUGAGAUCAUUGACGGUAAGCUCAUUGCUCAACAGAUCCGUGAGCGUAUCCAUUCUGAAAUUGCGGAGAUUCAGUCAAAGGAUGCCACUUUCACCCCAACGUUGUACAUCAUCCAGGUGGGCUCGAGACCUGACUCGAGUACCUAUGUCAAGAUGAAGCUGAAGGCUGCUGCAGAGGCUGGUAUCAGUUGUGUUGCCAAGGUGAUGCCGGAGGAUGUGUCACAGGUUGAGCUGCUCAAGGAGAUUACAAGUCUGAACAAUGAUGAGUCUGUCCAUGGUAUCUUGGUGCAAUUGCCUUUGCCUGCGCACUUGGACGAGAUCAAGAUCACUGGUGCUGUCUCUGCUGAUAAGGACGUUGACGGGUUUGGACCUUUCAACGUUGGCGAGCUGUACAAGAAGGGUGGUGAGCCAAACUUCAUCCCAUGUACCCCAAAGGGAAUCAUCGAACUCUUGAACAGAUCUGAUGUCACCAUCGAGGGCUCCAAUGCCGUUGUCCUGGGUAGAUCCGAGAUUGUCGGCUCCCCAGUUGCUACUCUGCUGAAGAACGCCAACGCUACUGUUACUACAUUGCAUUCCAAGUCCAAAAACAUUGAAGAGCACUUGAAGAACGCUGAUAUCGUUGUUGCUGCUAUUGGUCAGGCAAACUACAUCAAGGGCGAAUGGUUGAAACAGGGCGCCGUUGUCAUCGACGUUGGUACCAACUUCAUUGAUGAUGCAACAAAGAAGUCCGGCUCCAGAAUGGUUGGUGACGUUGAUUUCGAGACUGCUAAGGAAGUGGCUUCAAAGCUGACCCCAGUUCCAGGUGGUGUUGGCCCAAUGACCGUGGCCAUGUUGCUUGAUAACGUCAUUAUUGCUGCAAAGAGAUUCUACGAGGCUUCCAGAAAGUCUGACAACUUCUUUGACAACCCAUUGCCAUUGGAGUUGAAAAAACCUGUUCCAUCAGAUUACGAGAUUUCAAGAGAUCAAACUCCAAAGCACAUCACAGAGGUAGCAUCAGAAGCUGGUAUCCUGCCUAUUGAAUUGGAGCCUUAUGGUUCAUCAAAGGCCAAGGUUAAAUUGGAACUGCUUGAUCGUUUGAAGAACAAAAAGAAUGGUAAGUACAUCUUGGUUACAGGUAUUACACCAACACCAUUGGGUGAAGGUAAGUCCACCACUACUGUCGGUCUUGCCCAGGCUCUUGGUGCUCAUUUGCACAAGAGAGCUUUUGCAAACGUUAGACAGCCUUCUAUGGGUCCAACUUUCGGUAUCAAAGGUGGUGCUGCUGGUGGUGGUUAUUCUCAAGUUAUCCCAAUGGACGAGUUCAACAUGCACGUCACUGGUGAUAUUCAUGCGAUCUCCAUGGCAAACAACUUGUUGGCCGCUGCUAUCGACACAAGAAUGUUCCAUGAGUCCACGCAAAAGGACGCUGCUUUGUACAAGAGAUUGGUGCCAGCUAAGAAGGGCGUUAGAACAUUCACCAAGUCUAUGCUUAGAAGAUUGGAAAAGUUGGGUAUUGACAAGACCAAUCCAGAUGAUUUAACACCAGAGGAGAUCACCCAAUUUGCUAGAUUGGACAUUGAUCCAGAUACGAUUACAUGGAGAAGAGUUGUUGAUAUGAACGAUAGAUUCCUCCGUGGUAUCACCAUUGGUGAAGCACCAACUGAGCGUGGAUUCACAAGAAAGACAGGAUUCGAUAUCUCUGUUGCUUCCGAAUGUAUGGCCAUUCUUGCUCUGUCGAACUCCCUCAUGGACAUGAGAGAGAGACUUGGUCGUAUCGUUGUUGCAUCCUCUAAAGCCGGUGUUCCAAUCACAUGUGAGGAUAUCGGUGCUGCCGGUGCGUUGACCGCAUUGUUGAAAGAUGCUAUCAAGCCAAACAUUAUGCAAACUUUGGAAGGUACUCCAGUCUUCAUCCAUGCUGGUCCAUUCGCCAACAUCUCCAUCGGUGCCAACUCUGUGUUGGCUGAUAAGAUGGCCUUGAAACUUGCCGGUACAAACCCAUCCAACCCAGAGGACCAGGACGGUUACGUUGUCACUGAGGCAGGUUUCGACUUCACAAUGGGUGGUGAGAGAUUCAUCAACAUCAAGGCCAGAUCCUCUGGUCUCAUCCCAGACGUUGUCGUUAUCGUUGCCACUGUUAGAGCACUGAAGGUUCACGGAGGUGGUGCUGAAGUCAAGGCCGGUGCUCCACUGCCACAGGAGUACUUGACAGAGAACUUGGAGUUCUUGGAGAAGGGCUGCGAAAACUUGAAGAAGCACAUUUCUAACGCCAGAGAGUACGGUCUUCCAGUUGUCGUUGCUAUCAACAAGAUGAGCUCUGAUACUGACCGUGAACACGAGGUGAUUAGAAAGGCAUCCCUUGAAGCUGGCGCCCUUGACGCCAUUGUCUCUAACCACUGGGAAGAAGGUGGUAAAGGUGCCGUUGCUUUGGCUGAAGGUGUCAUCAAGGCCUCAAAUGCUCCAAAGGAGUUCAAGUUCCUCUACGACCUGGACCAAUCUGUCGAGGCUAAGAUUGAUGCGAUUGCUAAGAAGAUGUACGGCGCCGGUGAGGUUGAGCUCCUGCCAGAGGCUGCUAAGAAGAUUGAACUAUACACUAAGCAAGGCUUUGACAAGCUGCCAAUCUGUAUUGCAAAGACCCAAUACUCAUUGUCUCAUGACGCCAGCUUGAAAGGUGUUCCAACAGGCUUCAAGUUCCCAAUCCGUGAUGUCAGAGCAUCAAUUGGUGCCGGUUACCUCUACGCCCUUGCGGCUGAGAUCCAAACCAUCCCAGGUUUGCCAACACACUGUGGUUUCAUGAACGUUGAAGUUACAGAGGAUGGCGAGAUUGAAGGUUUGUUCUAGUUCUCCCUCACAGUGUCUCGCCCUUUUGCUGUUUCUCUAAUGCGUCCGAGAUGAGCCUCUUUUCAACAAUUGGGCCCAUUCCACUUUAAACCACGGACGAAUGAUCCCAACGAUAUAGAAAGUUAUAUAUUGCCAUCCACAAGUAGAACGUUUUCAACAAUUAUUUAAUGUCCAAAUGAUGUUCAGUUUAGGCGUACAGAGUAGUGAAACCCGUGAAAGCUGUGUAAACAUUGUGCGG